AAAAAGACCCCCUUAUCGUCCCCACCUUCUUCUCUUUCUCAAAAACUUGUUGUACUUCUCCAUCGCUUCUUCCCCGAGGAAGAAAGGAACCGCCAUGGCGGAGGAGUGCUGCAGCGCGGACCUGCUGGAGUGGAUCGGCCCUGACGUCUCAGCAUGCGUCUUCGGCCGCCUUGACCACCCCGCCGACCUUGUCCGCGCCGCCGCUGUCUCCAGAACCUGGCGCAGAUGCGUGGUCGAGAGCGGCUUGAGCAAGAGCCUUUGCCUGCGGCUGUGCCCCGAGGUCGCCACCGUCGCCGCGGCGGCAGAGGUGACCAGAUCGCCGCCUUCAACCGCCUCCCCCGAGUCAGGCCACGAGAGGGACUACAGGAUAUACUCCAACCUCGCCGGCGCCUACGUCUCCGACUCCGGCGAGCCCUCCGCGGAAUGCAUCUUGCACUGUAUCGGCGCCUCAAGCACCGACGACUUCCCAAUUGAGACCAUGGAGAACACCCUCGACGAGGAGGAGAUAAUCAAUUUCCGCCCGUCCUAUUGGUCGAGCGGCGGGGCGGACGACCCCGAGGCGCCGGAGAGCCUUACCUACAGGCUCAACUCUGACAUCUGCAUUGUCGAUGAGGUUCGGGUGCGACCGUACCAAGCCUUUUUUCAGGAUGGUGACCCUAUAUACUCUUCAAAGAUGGUGCGAUUUCGGAUGGGCCAUUACAAGCUUCCGCGAGGAUCAGAGACGUUUGUAAUGGAUGAUUAUGAGAAUAAGAUGGUAAAUACUGAUGAAAAAUAUAUGUGGACUUACACUUCGCCAGAGUUCCCUAUGUUACAGAAAAACGAACUACAAUCCUUCAAGCUCCCACGCCCAGUCCUUUGCAUUGGUGGUGUGGUGAUGAUUGAACUCUUGGGCAGAGUACAGAAACAAGAAGCAGAUGAUAUGUACUACAUAUGUGUUUGCCAUGCUGAAGUGAUGGGGCGUUCACUCUCACCACUUUUCAUGGUUGACAUCUCGGAUCCUGAAGGUUAUUCAAUCCUCAAGUACUUACCGGGUGCCAAAGACCUAUCCAUCGAUGACUUUUUGCAAGAUGAUACCAAAGACUCGCCGGAGUGGCACUAUCUUGUUGAUAGAUACAGGCAGAUGAAUCACAGAGCAGUAGUAGUGAGUGCACUUCUGGAGCCUGUACAUUACAUGCAUGAUGUAGGUGGCAUCUCAGACGAUGAUCAUGAGGAUGAUGUAGGUGGCAUCUCAGACGAUGAUUAUCUUGAGUAGAUUUGCGUGCUGGACUGCAGCUACAACUCUGCCGUGGUUUUACUCUUUGUAGUUUAGUGAACACCUCUGAACUCUGCAAGCCUUUGUUGCAAACAUUUCUGAAGCCUCGGUUCUCGAACCUAGAGGACCUGAUCGAGACAAGUUGCGCUUAUGGUUUGCAACUCUGCUCAAGCUUGCUUGUGUUUUCUCUUGUGUUUUUCGUUUAGUGGUGAAUAUUUGUCAUAUACUACUUUUCAAAUAAAUGCCGUUUGCGGAUGGAUUACUGGA